AUAAUCUCUCCGUAACUCGUUGGGCCAUUGGUCAGUCUAGCCCGAGGGCGGGUUGUUGGGCGGAAGAGAGAGGCUUCUUCCGGCCCACUCGCUGUCACCAUAGAGAUUGCGCAUCCAGGCUGCGAAGCGGCGGGGCUGGGAAGCUCAGAUCUCAAACUCCGGAGAGCUGCACAGUUGUCUAGACGUCCUGUUUGGGGUCAGAAGUGUUCCAAGAAGCCUAGCAUGAUAGCCAGAUGAGAGACUGACAUGGCAGAUGACACCUCUUCUCCAGGUUGCUGAAGCAGUGAAGUCUGGAGCAGGACUUCUGAGGCUUUCUAUCCUCCAUGCCGCUCACUAGAAAAGGGGCUGUGAACUGUGCUUUGGCUCUAGCAGACAGGAAGAAAUUCUGGCCCAGCUGGAAGUAGAAAGAGGGGAGUGACUCUCCUGAGGACCAUCUCAGAGACCCCUGGGAUCACCUGAACAGUCCUCCAUGUGAAUCAAUCCCAUGAUGCAACAUGCCUCCCCAGCCCCCGCUCUGACGAUGAUGGCCACGCAGAAUGUCCCGCCCCCACCCUACCAGGACAGCCCACAGAUGACGGCAACCGCCCAGCCACCCUCCAAGGCCCAGGCUGUCCACAUCUCUGCCCCCUCAGCUGCUGCCAGCACACCUGUACCCAGUGCCCCCAUCGACCCCCAGGCCCAGCUGGAGGCUGACAAGCGAGCUGUGUACAGGCACCCUCUUUUCCCGCUCCUGACGCUGCUGUUUGAGAAAUGUGAACAGGCCACCCAGGGCUCUGAGUGCAUCACCUCCGCCAGCUUUGAUGUGGACAUCGAGAACUUUGUCCACCAGCAGGAACAGGAGCACAAACCCUUCUUCAGCGAUGACCCAGAACUGGACAAUCUGAUGGUGAAGGCAAUCCAGGUCCUGAGAAUCCACCUGCUAGAGCUGGAGAAAGUCAAUGAACUCUGCAAGGACUUUUGUAACCGUUACAUCACCUGCCUCAAAACCAAGAUGCACAGCGAUAACCUGCUCAGGAAUGACCUAGGGGGGCCCUACUCCCCUAACCAGCCCUCCAUCAACCUUCACUCACAGGACCUCCUGCAGAAUUCCCCCAAUUCCAUGUCUGGAGUCUCCAAUAACCCCCAGGGAAUUGUGGUCCCAGCCUCAGCGCUCCAGCAGGGCAACAUCGCCAUGACAACCGUCAACUCACAAGUCGUGUCAGGUGGAGCCUUAUACCAACCGGUUACCAUGGUAACCUCCCAGGGUCAGGUGGUCACCCAAGCAAUCCCCCAGGGAGCCAUCCAGAUCCAGAACACACAGGUUAACCUUGACCUCACCUCCCUCCUGGACAAUGAGGAUAAGAAGUCCAAGAACAAACGAGGAGUCUUGCCCAAGCAUGCCACCAAUAUAAUGCGUUCUUGGCUCUUCCAGCAUCUCAUGCACCCCUACCCCACGGAGGACGAAAAGAGGCAGAUCGCAGCCCAGACCAACCUCACCCUCCUGCAAGUAAAUAACUGGUUCAUCAAUGCCCGGAGGCGCAUCCUGCAGCCCAUGCUUGAUGCCAGCAACCCAGACCCUGCUCCCAAAGCCAAGAAGAUCAAGUCUCAACACCGGCCCACCCAAAGAUUCUGGCCCAACUCCAUCGCUGCAGGGGUGCUGCAGCAGCAGGGCGGUGCCCCAGGGACAAACCCCGAUGGUUCCAUCAACCUGGACAACCUGCAGUCCCUGUCCUCAGACAAUGCCACCAUGGCCAUGCAGCAGGCUAUGAUGGCUGCACAUGAUGACUCAUUGGAUGGGACAGAAGAAGAGGAUGAGGAUGAGAUGGAAGAGGAGGAGGAGGAGGAGCUGGAGGAGGAGGUCGACGAGCUGCAGACGACGAAUGUCAGCGACCUGGGCUUGGAACACAGUGACUCCCUGGAGUAGUCGGGCAGCCCAGAUGGCACUGAUCAUCGAGCAGGAGAGGAGUGUCGCCGGGAGGCCUUCAGGGUGGGGGGGAAGGGGACGUGGGCAGGAAGCACCGAGGGAGUUGGGCCCUAGCUUCCCCAAAUCAGUAGCUUGAAGAAAGGCAGAGGAGACACCUGUUCCUUCCCAACCACCGAGCUUCAACGAGGACCCCAGUCCCACUUCCCCGGAACUGCCAAGGACUCUGUUUGGCGGGGCCAGUCGAGCAGCCUGUAUGGAAAGACAGCAGUGAGAUCUGGACUCACCAAAUCCCUGAGGACAGAUGGCACCCAUGGCCCCCACCCAUGGAAGGACUUGAGUCGUUUACAAGCCCUGCACUGUGAGGCAGAUUGGUGCUGUUCACAGAGUGGGCCUUUGCUCCGGGGGCAGACUUAGAAGGAAGGGGAGAGACAAAGGGGGACUGAGUUUCAUCCCCAGAAGGUUCUCAGCUCCUUUGACAGACAGACAUUCAAGGGCAGGAGGGAGCCCCAAAGCAUAACCAGUGGCCAGAGGAGUGGGAGGGCCUGAGGCAUCACAUCUUGCAGAUCAGAAUGGGAUAGAAUCCACCGGGCUCCAGCUCAUCCCUCCAAGGCCCUGUCUGUGCACAGCAACCAUGGACAUGGGGGAGAGGGAUGGGCGGCACAGUCCCCUUCACUCUCUCCCGGAAACAAAUUGUAAGCUGGUGGGCUCAACCUGUGGGAGGUUAAGAGGAGUCCCUUCUGGGUUGACUCCAAGAGCCAAGGAGAUGGCAGACCCUGGGCUAGGAGCCAUAUCAAGGUGACUUUGAGGCCACAGCUGUCCCUAGGUGGUCACAGAACUCAGCUCCUGUAACAAUAGGACAAUGGUGUUUUACCCUAGAUGCUCCCACCCUCAGUGCUCCAAACCCUCCAUAGACCUUCAGAGAAGGUGAAAACAGGUUAUCUGGGAAUCUUUCCACCCAGCGGGUCGCCACGGCCAUCCCUCUGCUCCCAGGCUGGCUCCAUCAGCCUCCAGCUUCCUUUCUUCAUUCUGUCCUUCAGGGAAGGCAGAAGAAACAUUGGAAGGCAUCUAGUCCAGUGGGAAGCCAGGGGUUGGAGAAGGUGCUACAUCCCCCUUCCCACCAAUAUCCAAAAUGUGGGGGAGGGCCCAGAGAAUGGCACCCAAGAGCCUGCGGGGGUGCCCACCCCACACACCCUGCUGUUCUAACCCUGCUGUCCACAGCCCUGGAGGAACUGGGGCCCCUGGAAGGAGGAGGAGGCUCUCCACUGUCCACCCUAACACAUACCCUCCCACCCACCUUCCAGAUCCCCUUGGUUGGCACCCUCUCCUCCUGUUCCCUCUCACCCCAUGGCUGUGAAUGACAGGACUGGUCACAUGUGUGUUUUCCAUUGGGUUUAAUUUAAUGGACGUGCAGUUUCAUUUGUAAAUUGUGCAUUAGCCAUCUCCUGGCUAAUGUGAGUGGCAGGAUGUGCCACUCACAUUAUUGUGCAUUAGCCAUCUCCUGGCUAAUGUGAGUGGCAGGAUGUGAGUGGCGACCUGGCUCAACUGGAGGGGACCCGCGGGGCUUCCCCUCUGGGGCUUCCCCUCCCCCACCUGCUUGGGGUAGAGCAAAAGGAUGGUCACUCUUCCGAGGUCUCCCUGAAAUGAAUGUAUUUCUCCCCCAAAAGAGCUGAUAUUUAAUGUUUUAAUAGGGAUUUUUGAGAAACAAAUAACCGUAUUUAUAAUCUGGGUGAUCCAAUCAUUUUUUACUCCCUUUUGAUGCCAUACAUAGAGGAAAGUCUAGCUUUUUUGGUGUGAGACUUUUGCAAUGUGCAGUGGGAUAAAAUGCAUUUCCUUUUCUGGUUCGUUUCUCUUGUUCACACACACACACACACACACACCCAUUCCACUCACCACCUGGACAGGUGUCCCCCAGCACGGGCACACUGGCACACAGGUGCCCACAUCUCUUCCUCCCAGCCCCUCCACCUGCCUAAUGUUAUGCAACCUCCUUCUGAUGUAUCCACCAAACCAGUACUGAAUGUGGCCGAGACGUUUUCAGUAAAUCUUAUUACCUACCGUAA